GCUUUCCGCUUCCUCGGCUCCUGCGCGCAGCGGGCGGGACUGACCGGGACGCGGCGGUGCGCGCUGGGGCUCGGACCCGGGGCCGGAGCUGUGCCGGAGCGCAGUUGCGCACGCGCAGGCUCUGGGUUCCUAGCUUGGUGGCCAGGAGAGGAGGGGGCUUCCGGAGGCGGCUCGGCUGGACCCUGGAAAGCCCCUGCGGCCAUGGGGCCUGGCCGCCCUGCAGCCGUGCUGCCGAGGUGGGAGCUGGCCCUCUACCUGCUGGUCUCACUCGGAUUCCACUUCUACUCCUUCUUCCGGGUCUACAGAGACUCUCGAGAGUAUGAAGAGCUGCUGGAUGAGGAGUUUGGCCUGGAGCCGGGCAGCCUGCUCCCAGGACUCAAGAAGGACCCCACGGACUUCGAGUGGAGUUUCUGGAUGGAGUGGGGGAGGCGACGGCUGGGAUGGCUGCUCCUGGGCCACGCUGCCCUGUCCCAGGUCUCCACGCUGCUGGCCAAACAGCAUCGACCCUGGGUCCUGACGGCCUACGGCGUGUGGGCCUGCUGGCGGGCACUGGAUACGCCGGGCCUGGCGCUGGCCCUGCUGCAUGUGGCCGUGUGCCUGGGCAUUGCCCAGCUGCGCUCGCCGCUCCUGAGCUGGCUGUGUGCACUGCUCCUGCUGUGCUCGCUGAGGCUGGACACUGCGGUGGAUGGGAAGGGUGGCUGGCCGGACGGCCCGCAGAGUGAGCGGGAUCUGCUGCGCUUCUCCCUGACUGUGCGCUGCCUCUUCUGCACGGCGGCCAGCCUGGAGCGCGGGCUCUGCGGCGCCCCCCUGCCCUGGGUGCUGGCCUACCUCUUCUACUACCCGACCUUCCACAACGGCCCGGUGCUCAGCUUCCCGCGCUUCUGUGCACAGAUGCGGUGUCCGCAGCCCCUGUCCCCAGGCGCCCGCCUGGCACUGCUGGUUGCCGGCCUGGGCCGCCUGCUCUGCUGGUGGGCACUGGCGGAGCUGCUGGCCCAGCUCAUGUACACGCACGCCCUGUGUGCCAGCCCCACACUGCUGGGCACCGUCUCCGCCUGGACGCUGGGUGGCCUGGCGCUGGCGCAGGUGCACUUCUUCUAUGUCAAGUACCUGGUGCUCUUCGGGGUCCCGGCUCUGCUGAUGCGCCUGGACGGGCUGGUGCCACCCCCCCAGCCUCGCUGCGUCAGCACCAUGUUCAGCUUCUCCGGCAUGUGGAGGUACUUCGACGUGGGUCUCCAUGAGUUCCUGAUCAGGGCUAUCGCUGGGGCCGACACUAUGAAUCCACUGCUCCUGGAGGCCGUUUUUCCCAUUAUUGGACAGGACAGAGAGAAAUGGAGAGAGGAGGGGACACAGAGAGGGGGAGAGAAAGACAGAUACCUGCAGACCUGCGUCACCACCGCUCAUGAAGCUUCCCCCCUGCAGGUGGGGAGCCGGGGGCUCGAACCAGGAUCCUUACGCCGGUCCUUGAGCUUUGUACUAUGUUCGCUUAACCAGGUGUGCUACCGCCCAGCCCUUCAUUACUCAAGAUCAAAUUUCACCACUACCAGGAACUCCUCAAUUGAAAUGCCAAGAACCCUCUGGGUUCAGGGAAUUGAUGGGGACUAUUCUCUUUCCAGCCCUGAGUCAUGACGCCGGCUGACCUCCACGUGUCCCGGCAGCUCUGCCCCGGGGACAGUGGCUGCAUUUUUAUCCCAAAUUCAAACAAAUCGUAAUUUACUCACAGGGCCGUCUCUGGGGCCCAGUGCCUGCGCCACGGCUGUUAUGUCCUGGACAGCUUUUUUUUCCUUCUUUUUUUUUUCUUUUUCUUUUUUGAUAAAGCGUGGGGGAGGGAAAAGAGACAGGGCAGUGGCGCACCUGGUUAAGCACUCACACUACGGCGCACAAGGACCCAGAUUCCAGCCCCCGGUCCCCACCUGCAGGGGGGAAGCAGGGCGGCAGGGGUCUCUGUCUCUCUGUCUCUCUCCGAUAAUAAUGCAUGUUGAAGGAAAGAGAGACCAGGGACGCCUGCAGCCAGAACCCUGCUCCCCUCCUGGCUCCAAGGGCUCUACUCUGUCUGCAUCUGCAGGAGGGCGGUGUUGCCAUGGCUACAGGGCAGGUGGCUGGGCUGCACAGUGCUCCUGGUGCUGGAAUUUUCCCUGACUGAAUUUUCCCCGGCCCUUUGCCGGCUUCCUCUGUGGCGCCGCCUCCCUCCUCAGGGGCCCAAAGAGGCCUAGCCUGAGCCAGUACCUGGUGGCGGGCUGAGGGGCUGCAGCAGAUCCUCACAUGGACAGACAGGCUGGGGACAGACACCCCUGCGCUAGACACAGCCCAGCUGGUCCCCGAGCCCCUGUGUUUACAGGGUGCUGGGCGUAGAGGGACCUGGAGACACUCAGGCUUCAGGGGCCCCUGAGGGUGUGGCUUGUCCAGGGCUAGGGGUC